UUUAUUUAUUUAUUUUUCACGUUACAGUGCAAUGCAGGUUGGUAGAGAGGGCACUGCCCCACACAAUCUAGGGCCCAGAUUCCUCCAUCUACAGACUCAGUCUUCUCUGGUGCUUGGAGCCUGCUCCAUAGCCAGAGAUUGUGGGUUCAUGUCCCAUCUGAAGCACAACUGGGCUCGAGUCCCAAUCUGAGUUGUUUGGCUUCAGCAGCGCUAGACACAUUUUAAGUGCUCAACAGUCAUUUGAACAGCGUGUAUUAUAAAACAAUGCCAUCAUCAGUUCUACUGGGCAGCCUCUCAUGGAUCUUGGUGACUAUUCUAAAAAUGAAGGCUGAUCCUACGUCCCUCUUUGUCCCGCUGGAAUUCUAAGGCUCCUACUGCCUAAAAGCUGAUGCUUUGGGGAAGCAUAAGGGACAUCAGGAGCGUGGAGGAAAAAGAAAUAUUCCUCCACCGGGAUACCUUUCAAAGCGUCUCUGAAGAUUCUGGGAUCUUUCCAGGCUGAAGGCGUUCCCAAGAACUUUGAAUUCAUUGGUUGGUGGUGGAGGGACGGGUUGCCAGUGCUUUGCUCUGAUUGGGCAUUUUCUUUUAGCGGAAAACCAAUCAUUGAGCGAGAUGGGGGCGGGGCCAGGCUCUCAGUAGAGGCCCCGCCCAGAGUUCCGGAGCCCACCCACCUCCCCGGCGGGUCAGAUUGGCGCAGGAUGGCGGAGGGCAGGAGCCUGUCCGAGGUGCGUGCGCUGGUUGGAGCUUCGCAUGGCAUCACUGAUCUGGCCCGCAAGCUUCACUUCUAUGACCAAUGGGCUCCGAACUAUGACCAGGAUGUGGCUGCCCUGCAGUACUGCGCUCCGCGCCUCGCAGUCGACUGCCUCACCCAAGCCCUUCCGGGUCCACCCCACGCUGCCCUGAUCCUGGAUGUGGCCUGUGGUACUGGCCUUGUGGCUGCAGAGCUGCAGGCUCGGGGCUUCCGCCAGCUGCAUGGGGUGGAUGGAAGCCCAGGGAUGUUGGAUCAGGCCCGGGCCCGCGGCCUCUACCAGUGCCUCAGCCUCUGCACCCUGGGCCGGGAGCCACUACCCAGCGCAGAAGGGACCUUCGACGCGGUGCUGAUGGUGGGUGCCCUCAGUGACGGCCAGGUGCCCUGCAGCGCGAUACCUGAGCUCCUGCGAGUUACCAAGUCAGGUGGGCUGGUUUGUCUGACCACCAGGACCAACCCAUCCAACCUUCGAUACAAAGAGGCGCUGGAGGCCACCCUGGACAGGCUGGAGCAGGCUGGGGCAUGGGAACGCCUGGUGGCCCGGCCUGUAGACCGUGGGAACUGGCCACCUCCGAGCUCGAGGUGGGGCCUGGCACCUCCGACAGCGACGGCUUCAUCUCUGGCAUCAUCUACCUGUACCGGAAGCAGGCGGCAGCCCAGGCUGCGGGAGGGAGGCCUGGUGCCUAGGCCCCAGCUGGCCUCCGACCCUCCUGUGGCCUCAGCCAGGCCCAACCUCGGGCCUCCUCUGCUUUGCCUGUAAAAUGAAGCCAGUGAGUCACCCCUGCCCCCAGGAGAGUUGUGCCUAUUAAAUGAGACCCAAA